AAAAUAAACUGAAAGAUCACAACUCGUCCUCUCCAAGAAAACACACACACACACACACACACACACACACAUUGCAAAAAAAAAGCAGAGAGAACUUUCUUACUGUUCUUGGUUUUCCGUUCUCCAUUGGUGCCGUCUCGAACACAAAGGAGAGAAAGGGAAGUGGUUUGGAAGGCAGACUUCAUCGUUGAGCGGGAUCAUUCAUUUGGGUUGGUAAUUUCUCUUCUUGAUGUCGCCCAAGUGUUUGUGAUUACUUCGAAUUUUCUUGAUUUUUCUUUUCCCAAAUUAUUUCCAUUUUUAUUUCUCUGUUUGUUCUCUGUGGUAAUCAGGGCUGUUCCUGAGUUGUUUCGUUACUGAGAAUUUCAAGGAAUUCAUCUUCAAUUUCGCUUAUUGACGAAGGGUUUAUUCAGAGAGCAGAAAAUUGAAUUCCAAAGAUGAAUGAUCUUAUGACGAAGUCGUUUUUAAGUUAUGUUGAUUUGAAGAAACAGGCCCAGUUGGAAGACCUUGAUGCCGAGACUUACAGCGACAUUGAAUUGGGUCAUGGGAAUCCAACCCGGAUUCGUGAAGAUAACAACCUUUCUCUGUUCUUUCAAGAAGUCGGUGUGAUUCAGGCUGACAUGGAAGAGAUUUUUAAUCUCUUGGUUGAUCUUCAAGGCUUGAAUGAACAGACGAAGAUUGCCCACAGUGCCAAGAUUAUUCGUGGGCUCAGGGACAGAAUGGAUGCCGACAUGGUUUCUGUUCUUCGCAAGGGCAAGGUUGUCAAGGCUAGGCUGGAAUCACUUGAUUUAUCCAACAAGGCCAACAGGAAGAUUUCCAGGGAAUUUGCAGAAGGCAGUGCCGUUGACAGAACCAGAAUUUCAACCACCAAUGGGCUGAGGGCCAAACUGAAAGACAUUAUGUGUGGUUUUCAGGACUUGAGGGAAACCGUUCUCUCUGAUUACAAAGAGAGCUUGAGGAGAAGGUACUACAAUGCCACUGGUGAAAUCCCAAGGGAGGAAGUCAUUGAAAAGAUGGUUUCAGGGAAUGGUCAGGUUGAGGUUUUUCAACCAAAGAUUGAAUCAUACUGGGAGAACAAAGAGAGCCAUGAAGCUGUGAUGGAUAUCCAAAGGAGUUUGACUAAACUUCAUCAGGUGUUUCUCGAUAUGGCUGUUCUGGUUGAUGCUCAAGGGGAAGACAUUGAUGAUAUUGAGCAGAAUGUAGCCAAAGCUGGAAGCUUUGUCAGUGGUGGUACUAACAGCCUGUAUUAUGCCAAGCAGAUGAAGAAACGGAACCGAAACUGGAUUUGGUGGGUUGUGGCCCUAGUCAUUGUCAUCUUGCUUGUGUGCUUUGUAGCUCUGAUAACAAACUAGUGUAGUUGUCUGGGGAGGUGUAUUAGUUACUAGUUGUCGGAAGUACCUAAGAGCAGCUUGUAUUUCCUCACUGUAAUAUUCUUUUAGGAAGAAUUAAUGGUCUAUUUUGCUCUGCUUCUGGAUCGAAAGGCUUUUGGCCAAAUUCAUGUACUCCUAAUUGCAGUUCUGAUAUAUUCGGGGUGUUAUGAAAAGUUUAGCUGUAUUCCCCAAUUGCACUGCUGCUAAUGUUGGUUUCAUUUGGAUGAAAUGAGGAAG